AUGCUACCACAAAACCAUCAGCUUGCUGUCAUCGAUCUCAAAGACUGCUUUUUCUCUAUCCCUCUGGCACCACAAGACAGACAGCGUUUUGCCUUUACCCUGCCUGUCCUGAACAACUCCCAACCUACCCAGCGCUUUCAAUGGGUGGUUCUCCCACAGGGAAUGCGAAAUUCUCCAACUUUGUGCCAGUAUUUUGUGGAUAAGGCACUUCAACCAUUCCGUGAGCGCCACCCUGUGGUCACCUGUUAUCAUUACAUGGAUGAUAUUUUACUUUCCUCAUCGCACAUUUCUGAUAUUCUUCUCGAGGAUUUGACCCAUGCUCUGAUGCAAGCAGGAUUGACAGUGGCUAAAGAAAAGAUCCAGCGGACCCUGCCUAUUACGUAUUUAGGACAUAAGUUGUCUGCUGCUGCUGCCAUUCCAGUUGCGCCUCAACUACAGUUCCCUGAUCAUCUUAAAUUGGUGGACUUGCAACAACUCCUUGGACAGUUAAAUUGGAUAAAGAGUUACUUGGACCUGCCCACCUCCACUCUGUCUCCACUAUUUUCUGCCCUUAAAGGCCACAAGGAUCCAGCAAGCAAGAUCACAGUUACCCCUGCUAUGGAAGAGGCUUUGACAACUGUGAACAACCAUCUCCGCAGAUGUAUGGUGGACAGGAUCCCUUCCCUUUCCAUGGCACAAUUAUCUCUUGCAGUGUUUGCCACCCCACUCCUUCCAACAGCUAUAUUGUACACCACAGGCCAGAAGCCUGGGACUGUGUCUAUUGUGGAGUGGCUUCACCUGCCUCAUACUCCUCCGCGUAAUGUGUAUGCUACACCCAACAGCGUCAUGGACCUUGUUGUCAGGGGCCGACAUCGGGCCCUUGCCCUCUCUGGAAUGGACUUACAGUCAGUGUACUUGCCCUUCUCCCAGGAAGAAUUCAUGCAUUUAAUGAUGACAGCCGUUCCUACUCAAAUAGCUUUUGCUGAUUUCUUAGGAAAAAUUAUUCACAAUCCCCCUAGAGACCCUCGUUUGUCUUUCCUUACAGGGCUACGUUAUGUCCUGCGAACUGCCUUGUCCCCUCUACCCUUACCCUCCGCUCUCACUGUAUUCACCGAUGGCACUAAGUCCAGGGGGGUGGUGGUGUGGGAUGAGGAGGGGAAAUGGAAAAGUUUAUAUACUACUGAGCAAUCCUCAGCACAACGUGCUGAAUUGGCAGCUGUAAUUUUAGCUUUCCAACAAUUUGCUGAUAUCCCUUUCAAUCUCAUUGUGGAUACGCAGUAUGUGUAUAAUCUGUUGAAUGUGUUACCAUUGUCGUAUAUUACUCCUGCCAUUGAUGAUAAUUUGUUUGCAUUAUUCUCCACUUUGCAGAGCUUGGUACAAGCUAGGACUUGUCAGUUUUAUGUAGCACACCUUAGAUCACAUACUGGUCACCCUGGCUAUUUGGCAGAAGGUAACGACCGGGCAGAUCAAGCUUUGAAGAAUGGCAUCUUUUCUUUAUUUUCUGACCCAUUCGAGAGUCAUUCAGUGUUUCAUCAAAAUGCUAAGGUGUUAGCUAAAUCCUUUUCAUUACCAAUUUCUCAAGCUAGGGACAUUGUGUCACAGUGCGCUGUGUGUUCCAAAUCACCCACAGUCAUUCCUUAUGAUGCAGUCAACCCUAGAGGCUUGCAUCCCCUGGCAAUUUGGCAAAUGGAUGUCACCUACACGCCAUCUUUGGCUCCAUUUUCUAAAGUACAUCUCACUGUGGACACUGCCUCUGGUUUUAUUUGGGCCACGCCCUUGAAAGGAGAGACUACUCGUCAUGUUAUUCAACAUUUAAUGCGUUGUUUUGCUGUUAUGGGAAAACCCCAUACUUUGAAAACUGACAAUGGCCCUGCAUAUAUUUCUCAGGCCUUUUCUGAUUUUUGUUCUUUGUGGGAUGUUAGGUUGACUCAUGGUAUUCCAUUCAAUUCUACAGGACAAGCAAUCGUCGAGCGCUCCCACUUGACUUUUAAGACUCUUCUCAACAAGCAAUUGGGAGGCCGCUCGGCUACUGUUUCUGAAAUACCUAAUAUUGUGCAUCAAGUAUUGUUUACCUUAAAUCAUUUGUUGUACCCUCACAAUAAGGAUUUUACGCCUGCUGAACUUCAUUUCAGGAAAGAAGAAGUACUGCAGCGCCCUCUAGUGUCUUACAGGUUGCUUCCAGAUCCACAGUGGAAGGGUCCAACUUCAUUGCUUUCCUGGGGUCGUGGAUUCGCUGCCAUUGACGUGGACGGAGAAACACGAUGGGUUCCAGCUCGGUGCGUUCGACCUUGGCGCUCUUCUGUUGCCUCGUCUUCGCCCAAGGAGACACCAACGCCUUGAAAUCAUAUUCUACGCUGUCUGCCAGUGAUGACCUCCCACCUGACUUCAACCCGCGUUGCAGUUGGAGACAUCGCCAUAUUGAUGCACCCUGGAUAAAGUCGCCUUCUACAGCUGUUCCGGUGUUUCCUGGCACGUCGAAAGGUCAUCUUCGUCCCUACCUCAUUGACCCCCUUCCCCUGGGAAGUCACCAUGACUACCAAUUACCCUCCGUGGACACUGUGAAGCGCCGCUCUCGUCGUGCUGCUCUUUUGCAGAAGGCUCGUAAGCCUGAACUUUAUCAUCAGAUUUGGACCAACAAUACAUAUGUUAGGGACAUAAAUAAUUUUGCUUCUAUACUUAAUCUUUCCGAAUGUUGGGUGUGUAUGCAUAUUCCUCCUCAAUCAAAAAGAUCUGGCAUAUUAUUGCAUGGUAUUCCUGUAAAUGCUUCAUAUAAGAUUAGUAAUAAUAUGAAAGAUAAUCGUACUAGUUCACCCCUGUGUUUUUGUCGCUUGUAGAAACAGCGUCUCAUUGUUUUCAUUUCAAUCGUAAUAGUAGUAAAUUUUUAGGUCAUUAUCCAUAUUGUAAUUGGACCUAUGAGUAUGUUAAUGGAUCUUCUUGUUUUCUUAAUGUUACCACUAUGAGUGGUAGGCCAAAAGUUUUAGUUAAUAAUGUCACGACCAACAUGACUUAUGAACAACAGGCUAUGUGUAGAGAUUUUUAUGUUUGGUUUGAUUGGAUGAAGAAAAGCAGCAAAUCUACAUGUUUGCUUCGAUCUGAUUUAUGGUUAUUUUGUGGUACUAGAGCCUACAAAGAAAUCCCCUUUGCCUUUUCUGGAACGUGCACCUUAGGAAUAGUCAUACCCCUGGUCUAUAAACUGGACAAGCUCCCAGUGGUUCGUUUGCGUAACAAAAGGGAAGUGCGAUCACCUAUCUCUCAAUAUACAGGGACAGCCGUCUCUAGAUCUCUCCUGCCCUCUUUAGGUGCAGGCAUGAAUUACCGUGAUUUGCACAAAUUGGCUAAUUGGACUGAAGCCUUGUUUAAUUCUACUAUCUUGGCCUUAAAAUUAAUUAACAAAGAAAUGUCAGAAAUGAGAGAUGUGACUCUUGAAAAUCGUUAUGCUUUAGAUGUAAUCCUUGCUUCCAAAGGUGGAGUUUGUGCUUUAAUUCAUUCCCAUUGUUGUAUGUAUAUAUCUGAUCAAUCGGCCAAUAUUUCUGCUACUAUUGAUUAUAUGGAACAAAUGAUAGCCCAUAAUCCUUUGAAUCCUCCCGAAGGUUUUGAUCCAUGGGAAUGGUUGUCUUCCUGGUUGCCUAAUAGAGUGUGGUUAAGGAAAAUUUUACUAAUUGUAAUUUUGCUUGUUGCAGGAUUUAUUGUGUUGUGUUGCUGCAUUCAAUGCCUACCCUCUUUGUUUGCUCAAUGUAGUACCUGGUGGUAUCGUCCAAGACCUACCACUGGAGUCACAAGAGGAAUUUACAUUGCAAGAUAUCAGCGUUUAG